AAAACAACCAAAAAAAAAAAAAAGAAACGAAAAAGAAAUGAGUAAAGAAAAUUACAUACGCCAAGCAGUCAUACUCCUUCUUCUUUCCUUAGCCAAUAACUAUCCUAAAGACUCGUUUAAUACUUAAGAUUCCUCUUAUUUAGACAACUAGCAAGAAUCCAAAGGAGUACUAUACAUCAAAUCUUUACUGUUAUAUGUCAACUAUCCAGAAUUUAACUUCCUUUGAUCCAUUCGCCGACACUGGUGAUUCAGAAGCUCAACCAACUAAUUAUAUUCAUAUCAGAAUUCAACAAAGAAACGGUAGAAAGACUUUAACUACUGUACAAGGUGUUCCAAAUGAAUAUGAUUUAAAGAAAAUUCUUAAAGUUUUAAAGAAAGAUUUUGCCUGUAAUGGUAAUAUCGUAAAGGAUGAUGAAUUAGGUGAAGUCAUCCAACUUCAAGGAGAUCAACGUGUUAAGGUCAGUGAAUUCUUAACCACUCAAUUACAAUUACCAAAGAAGAAUAUCAAGAUCCAUGGUUUCUAGUUUUGUUUUGUUAAUAAGAAAACUAAUUUGGUUUAAUUGUUGAUUUUAGAAUUAGGAAAUGUUUUUCCAGUUAUUAACAUUUCUGUUGCUAGAUGUUUAGUUUAUCUAUAGUUCUAAUUAAGAUCGUCUUUGCAAUCUCUGCAUAAGCAGUAGCCGGCAUAUUUAAUAUAUGUAUUUGAUAAA